AUGUUGAUUGUAGGGGUGACCUUGUACGCCUCUACCUUCCAGGAGUACACUCAACUCAAGAAUUUCGUCCACGAAAACGUCAGAUACGGCUGCGCCAAAUGCAAGAAAACUUACUUGCAGAAGAAGACUUUGGGGCGUCAUAUAAGGUUUGAUUGCGGUAAAAGUCCAACAUUUGCUUGCACUAUAUGCCAUAAGAAAUUCAAGCACGGGUAUAUUUUGCUUAAACACAUGAGACACACUCACGAGAUGCAGAUUCAGAAAUUGAGACAUAGGCAAAAAAUAGAAGAAGAAGAAGAAGAAGGAGAAGAGAUAAUCGUGACAACUCGAUAUGAAUGUGAUGGUUGUGGAAGGCAGUACUUGAGGAUCUUUACCUUAACCAGACAUAAAAAGUACGAAUGCGGGAAGAAACCAGAGUUUCAGUGUCCCAUCUGCGGUUCAAGGCAUAAACAUAACUUUGACAUGAGGAAGCACAUGAGGAAUAUGCAUGGAUCGCAGGCAUCGUCAAGCGCCUCGCUUAUCUGAUUACUUUUAGUCGCAAACCACACUUCAUUAUAUUCUUAUCUAUACAUUUGUGAUGUUUUGUUUCCCCUGAAAUACCAAAAAUUUUAUUUUUAAAUUUGCCUUUAUACUUUUGAUAUUUGUUUAAAUUUUGAAACUUCAACUUAAAUAUGCGUUCAUCAAAAACUGAAAAUCAAGGUUGCUUGUGCGAGAUGUAACAUUGCUGGCCGGAUCGCAAAUAUUUUAGUUUUGCAGAUGUCUAAGAAAAUACUUACACAUUUUGAUAUGGCGAAUGGAAAAUGAAAUACCUACAAAUUACGAUAAAACGGUUAACUUCUAUCAAUGCAUUUAUAAUAACCAUAGAUAAUAGUGAAUAAGUGAUUGGAACAAUUACACGAAAAUAAAAAUAUCACUAUGUGUUUGCCUCAAAAAAUGUUUUAACAUUGAUUUUUAACUUUUCAGAGAUUCAACCAUCAAUAAACCAUAAUAGAUGUGGGCUGGAACACAGCGAGCUCCAUAUAAACAGCGAAAUCAUUUAUUUCUGCCCUCAAUGCCCGAAAAUGUACAAAGGAAAAUACACAUUGGCGAGGCAUUUGAGGUUAGAAUGCGGAAAAACACCGAUGAAUAAAUGUGAAGUUUGUGGGCAGAGGUUCACACAUAAGCAUAGGCUGAUAAGCCAUAUGAGGUCGUUACACAGCCAGUAUUAUACUGGAGAUGCAGUAGAGACAGAUGUGAAAGUCAACUGGGCUGUACAGUAAUAAUUAUAUUGAAAUGUCUCUAAGAAUACUAGUCUAGUUUACGACUUAAAAAGUACGAAUCAGGACUGGGGUUACUCCUUGAAGCACCAUUUUUCUUGGGUUUUACCGUUUAUAAAAACAAAUUAUUGUGAUUUUUCACGGUAAACUUAUAUGAUGAAUCAUUAAUUUUGUUUUUUUUAUUUACUUCUGUAACUUUAGCUUUUGUAAGUUUUAUCUAGUCAAUUUGUAAAAAUAUGUGAUGAAUUAUAAUGCGAAAUUGUGUGAUACUUUGUGGUUUGUACAGUCAUAUUGCUAAAAAUAAUGAGAAUUAUGGAACAACCAUCAAAUAAAGUUUUUUUCAACUUAUGUGUGUAAUCCAUGUACAUACGUAAUAUAAAGAAAAUACAUUAUUUCAACAUUUAACGCGUUUUAUUCAU